AUAAUGGUAACCUUGGUAAAACGUUCCUUGACACUUGUUAACACAAACAGAAGACAAACUGGGCAUAAUCACUUCGGACUCCGACCUAUUCACACACAUUAAGCAGAUUACUUCAUCCCUACACAACCGACAACAUCCGAAAAUAGUUUCUAACCAACGACAUGUUUAAGAAGUUGAUCGGCGCCGAUCCCGAAUUGGCAUGGAAGCUUGCCGGGUCUGUGAUGGUCUCGGAGCUCCUGGGUGACCACGUGGUCACCGUAUCCACCCUGGAAAACGCGCACUGUUUCGGACUGGCCACAGUCCUGGUCAAGGACCACCAGUCCUUCGUGGAAAAGGCUGUGCAUCACCACGCCUCCUUCCGGGCCGUGGGCAAACUACAUGACUUGUGCGUCUACUUACCGGAGUGUAUAAAGUUGGGCCUCGAGCCACAAACGGACAAAUACUGGAAGAAACCUCCUCCGGGAAAGAUGCUCUCGAUCGGCCACAGUUCUCACAACAAGGGGAAAAUGAUACACAUGGAGGUCACAGACGUGGAAAAACAGACGAUUUUCUUGAAUCCGAGUGAAGAGGUUCGGUUAAGAGACGAUGACGGGGAAUUUGGCACGGUGAGCUCCGUGUACAUCAUUACAGAAGUGUUCUACGCGACUGGCCUGGACGUGGAAGUGAGCGUGGACGGCAGAAAAGGCGCGUUUUCCACCGACAGUGAGAUCCCCAUCGCAUUCAGGUACCAGAAGUUCAAGUUGGAAGAUGACGGUGUGAUAGGGGGUCAGUUGGAGUCUAAUAUCAAGAAAAACAGGACAUCUCGCCUGCUUGUGAAAAUGACCUUCGCGGAGAGACAGAACCUUGUCAUGAAAGCCCAGACACAGGACGCGGUGGUCGCCAUGACGUCACCGCCACAUGAGAACAUACCUGUAGUGGCAGAGGUUCUGCCGGGCAUGGUUGACGACAAAACCACGUCAUGCUCACCCCCCAGCGGUAAUAGAUUCGUAGGAGGCCAAGCAUGGGCGUGUCCCAACCAGGGCACUGCGCAUGUCAGCUAUGACGUAGAGACACCCAGACUCAGAGUUCGAGAAGAGACGGGUGAUAUGGAGGUAGAAGAUGUGGAGGAAAUCAACCUGGUGACUUGAAGGCCACUUUAUUCACAUAAAAUUUCGACGUACUUUUGUAGGGUCAAUGUACAGCCUGUGUAGCUAUAGCUUUUAUUGACAAUCGUAUACUGGAUUGUUGUAUUUUCUUACCUAGAACUAAGAACUACUAACAUGUUACAAAGGGUAACAAUGAAAACUGAAAAUUUCAAAUCUAGUACAUGUAAUUGGUAUUUGCCAUUGCCUCUGGCGAAACAGUAUGGUGACGUACGGAUAAAUUCAUUGGUGUUCCCACACAGCAAACAUUGCUAAAUUAUGAUUGGCCAGGGCAGCAUUGAUUACCAAGAAUGAUUUGCUGCAUUUAUUCUCUUGACUGCUAGAGGUCGCUCUUAUUAUAUCCAAAGCAAAA